UAGAGCCAAAGAUGAAGCAGGAUGAAGCCGACCUGACAGGCACCGCCAGCACUCUCAUGACAUACCGAGCCAUAGCAACCGAUGCCUACUUGGUACAGGCUUUCAGCGACCCGCUCGAUGCUGCUUUCGGGCUAGGUCGGCGACUGCGGGAGCUCGCUGAUCGAUGGGAGGAUGUGAGUGAGGAGGUCCUUAGAAUAUUGGAUCGCGUGGAGCAAUUCGCGGCCGGUUUUGUGGGACAGGCGAAUUAUUCGAGUGAGGUUCGAACUAUCUUGAAAUUUUCUGAAAGUGAGAGCAAACACCCCGUCGCUAAGAUACGAGCUGCGAUGAAAGCCAAUCAGAAACCGGUGAGUCGCCGCAAGUGUCUUUUCUGUCGAUGAAGCUUGGCGCAUUAAAAAACAAGCCCCAACAAAAUUCUAAUUUGAUACUAGUAUUUGGUGCUUUGAAAUUUAUGUUGAUGCGGAAUUCAAUGCAGCAUACAUAUUGUUUUAUUCUUCUUUCAACUUUUCUGACGGCUCACAAUAACUGACAAAGCCGAUCUUGUAGGCUGUCGGUCUCGUGAAGUGUUGGUUUUCUUAA